CUUUGUGAUGGUGACAGAACGCUGGCAGUAGGUCCUUCAAUGUGCUGGAAUGAAUUGACUUUCAGGGACACUCGGCGCGCAGGAUCCUGUAGCGGUUUGGAGGGCUGGUUUCGCAGACCUGUUGAUCACCCUGCUCUGCUGGGUGAGACGUGGACCUGGCUUAGCUGGAAGAGCAAACAGGCAGCCCGUUCCGGAAGGACAGGAUCCCUCCGUGUCACACCCUACUCUCGCUUCAUCGCUUCUUCCUCACCAGCACCGUCUCCAUGAUUCCAGGGUAUAGCCCUGUGACACAGGCCCUGCUGGGCACUCUCUUCACCUGGGGGGUGACGGCUGCUGGAGCAGCACUGGUCUUUGUCUUCUCCACUGGGCAGAAGCGCAUCCUGGAUGGAAGCCUGGGAUUUGCUGCAGGGGUGAUGCUAGCUGCCUCCUAUUGGUCCCUCCUGGCACCUGCCAUAGACAUGGCAGAGGAUUCUGGGAAAUACGGGGCUUUUGCCUUUGUUCCUGUCGCCGUGGGCUUCACGCUGGGCGCAGCCUUCGUCUACUUCGCUGACCUGAUGAUGCCGAUGCUGGGAGUUAUGGAAGACCCCCAUCUGGCCCUCGCUCUUCCAGCAGACUCCAAACCUGCAAUAAAGAAGGAGGAAGAUCGUGCAAAUCAGCUGGAGGAUCCCCAGGAGCUCUCCAUCAGGAUAGGUAGAGCAGGACUCCGCCAAGACAAGGUUGAGAACGGCGAGGUGUACCAGCGGAGGAGGGGACCCCACGUCAUCACAGCGGGGGAGCCUGAACUGCCCCCGGACUUGCAUGAGCGCGAACGCGAGUGCGUUGGGAGGACGCAGAGCAGCUGGCGGCGCAUCCUGCUGCUCAUCUUGGCCAUCACUAUCCACAACAUCCCCGAGGGUCUGGCAGUCGGAGUGGGGUUCGGAGCAGCAGGGAAGACGCCGUCAGCCACCUUUGAGAGCGCCAGGAAUUUGGCGAUUGGGAUUGGGAUUCAGAAUUUCCCAGAAGGCCUUGCUGUGAGUCUACCUCUCAGGGGCACGGGUGUGUCCCCCUGGCGCGCAUUCUGGUACGGCCAGCUCAGUGGGAUGGUGGAGCCGGUUGCCGGGUUGCUAGGCGCUGUCGCUGUGGUGAUGGCGGAGCCGCUGCUCCCCUACGCACUGGCCUUUGCAGCAGGAGCCAUGGUGUACGUGGUGAUGGAUGACAUCAUCCCAGAGGCACAAGUCAGUGGCAAUGGAAAGCUGGCCUCCUGGACAUCCAUUUUGGGCUUUGUCGUGAUGAUGUCACUCGACGUGGGACUGGGCUGACGUUUGUGUUUAGACAGGAGCCCUCAUUGGAUUUAGGAAUGUUCUGGCUGUUAGCCACAAAUAAAGGGACCAAUUUUGCCUUUUUUUAUACAGUUUUCAUAUUUACAUUAAUUUGAGUAGUCUUUUUUUUUUCUGU